CAAAACGGAUUGUCUUGCUUCAAUGUGCGCGUGUUCUUCAUUUGAUGGCUCCAGAGGCUUCGCGCUGCCAUCCAUUUGAUUAUUUCGCCUUCCUGACCGGCAGAAAAUAUGUUGACAGACAUUUUCAUUUUGUCCCUGAUAUCAUUCAGCACCUUGCACGCGGACUCUUUGGAACUGCACCUCGGCAUGCCCAAUGUUUGUGCCGACCAGGAGAUGUCUCUUUUGUGGAGCCCUCAGCCUUGCGUUCAGGCUUUUACACGCAUGGUGAAGGUGUGGAAGCAGGCCUGCGCAGGCCACAAAUGGUGCAUGGGUCAUGAGAGGAGGACAACGUACUACACGGCGUACAGACAAAUGUACAGGACGCAUAUGCGCACAGUUUUCAAGUGCUGCCCUGGUUGGACUCAAAGAGAUGGCGAACCUGGCUGUUUAAAUAGAGUAUGCAGUGCCAGUAUGUGUUUUAAUGGAGGUCGAUGUGCGGAGAUUGGGGAUCAUAUAUGUCACUGCCCAAAAGGCUUCAAAGGGCCGAGAUGCCAAUAUGAUAUAAAUGAAUGUGAGGUGGACAAAGGAGGCUGUCAAGAAUACUGUUGCAAUACCAUUGGCAGCUACUACUGCAAGUGUCCUCAGGGCAGUGAGCUGGGGCCGGAUGGAAAAUCUUGUCAAGAUGUCAAUGAAUGUGCGGAGCUCAACGGAGGAUGCCAGCAGAUGUGCGUCAAUACAGCAGGCUCUUAUCACUGUGAGUGCGGGGAAGGAUUCCGCAUGCACAGUGAUGGCCGGACUUGCAUUGCUGUAAACUCUUGCUUGGUGUUUAAUGGCGGUUGCGAGCACAAAUGUCUAGACAUGGGGAACGAUCACUACAAAUGUGAGUGCCGAAAGAACUACAAGCUCAAGACAGAUGGGAGACACUGUGAAUUGAGGGACCCCUGUGAGGAGAGGAAUGGAGGCUGCUCACAGCUGUGUGAGUCUGUGGCUGCCCGUGCUCAGUGCAGCUGCCGGCCUGGUUUUAAUCUGGCUGAAGACGGCAAGAGCUGUGACGACAUCGACGAGUGCGAUCCGGGUCACGGCGAGUGCUCGCAUGGAUGCGUCAACACGCCGGGCUCCUUUCGUUGUGUGUGUCAUCCGGGCUUUGAGCUUGGUGCAGAUGGAAAACGCUGCUAUCGCAUUGAGAUGGAGAUUGUUAACAGCUGUGAGAAGAAUAAUGGCGGCUGCUCUCAUCAAUGUGAGCACACCACCAACGGGCCCCUUUGCUCCUGCCAUCAUGGCUACCAGCUAGACCAGGACAGGAAGACCUGUGUAGACAGUGACGAGUGUCUCAAUGGGGAAUCGUGCUGCAGUCACUUCUGCAGGAACUAUCCCGGCGGGUACGAAUGCAGCUGCGGAGGCGGCCACACGCAAAACCCAGAUGGCUGCGGCUGCGACGACAUCGAUGAGUGUCUGGCAGAGACUUCAGGCUGCGACCAUGACUGCGUCAACACCCUGGGAACAUAUGAGUGUUUUUGCCGAAAUGGUUUCCGUUUGGAUCAAGAUCAGCACACCUGCAUCUCUUUGUAUGAUAUAGAGUUGGAGGAAGAUGAUGAAGAGGAGCUGGAAGUGCCUAAUUUGCCAGAAUUGUUCUUCCGGAACGUUCCCCAGCUUCUCCAAUACACAGCAGCUUUGCAUUCACGCUACGGCGCUGACGAUGAUGAUGAUGUUGAGGACUUUGGCGAAGGGUUUGAGAGCUUCAAAAAUCGUCGUGGACAAUUUAGACUGGAUAACCAAAUUGUGUGUCUGGAUAACUCUUUUGGGGAAGACUGCAGUUGGCGGUGUGAAGACUGUGUAAAUGGAAACUGUGGUGAAAAUAAAGACGGCUGUGAAUGUUCACCUGGAUGGGCUGGCGUCAUAUGCAACGAGACUUGUCCUCAGGGCACUUAUGGGCCGACUUGUAACAGUCUGUGCCAGUGUAAGAAUGGAGGCACAUGUGACCCUGUGACUGGGAGGUGUUUGUGCCCCCCGGGGGUUCAAGGUCUACUCUGCGAGACUGGUUGUCCAAGGGGCUAUUUUGGAAGUCACUGCCUGAGAAAGUGCAACUGUCCCAACAAUGGACAUUGCCAUCGUCUGUAUGGCGCUUGCCUGUGUUCCCCGGGAUUGUACGGUCGACACUGCCAUCUGCCUUGUCCCAGGUGGACGCACGGCCCUGGCUGUUCGCAGGAAUGUGACUGUGUUCGAGAACAUUCCACUGGCUGCGACCCGAAGAUGGGGAGCUGCGUCUGUCGGCCCGCUUACCACGGCUCACGGUGCGAGAAAGAAUGUGAGCCGGGCUCUUUUAGUCUAGGCUGUGAGCAGGGAUGUGACUGCCCGGAUAAAGGGUCAUGUGACCCCAAGACCGGAGAGUGCAGCCAGCGAUGUCCUGCGGGUCUUCAUGGGGAGAGUUGUCAACUGGCGUGUGAAUCUGGUUCGUGGGGUCCAGGAUGCAUCAAUAAAUGCCAGUGCCAAAACAACUCGCUGGGCUGCGAGCCUCUCACCGGUGACUGUAACUGUGAGCGCGGCUACACUGGACACGAAUGUGAAAAAACUUGUUCCGGCGGACUAUUUGGUGAGGCCUGCGAGCAGAAGUGUGACUGCGCCCACAGCCGGAGUUGCCACCAUGUGACGGGCCACUGUCAAUGCCAGCCCGGUUGGACCGGAGCCAAAUGUGACAAACCUUGUCCCGCUGGCACGUUUGGGAGCAACUGUAGUCAGCUCUGUCAGUGUUCAGGAGACCAUGUGCAGUGCCAUCCAGAUACGGGGAACUGUACUUGCUUACCCGGUUACUAUGGGAGAGGCUGUGCGGCACGAUGUCGCCCAGGAUCUUAUGGACCAAACUGCAAGUCUCGAUGCAGUUGUGUCAACGGUGGUCGCUGCGAUUUCAGGACGGGGGCUUGCUACUGUCCUCUAGGUUUCAUUGGAGCAGACUGCAGUUCACAAUGCCCGAGUGGAUACUACGGCAAAGACUGCGCUCAACUUUGUUCUUGUGGGGAAGGCGGGCAGUGCCAUCCAACAAAUGGAAGAUGCAUUUGUGCAGCAGGGACAAUGGGAGAAUCCUGCCAAGUUUGUCCCAGGGGGCGUUAUGGCCUGCAGUGCCGACACGCGUGCAAAUGUCAAAAUGGUGCCCAGUGUGAUCCUAUCGACGGAAAGUGCAAAUGUGGCCUUGGCUGGACCGGAUUAGACUGCGAUACAGCCUGUUCGCAGGAAAAAUACGGUGUUAACUGUUCCCAAGACUGUCCUUGCCUCAAUGCUGGGACAUGCGACCGCUUUAUUGGCACCUGCAACUGUACAGCUGGGUACUACGGCCACGCCUGUCAACAUAGAUGCCCUCUUGGAUAUUUUGGUGUGAAUUGUGGCCUGACUUGCGAUUGUAAGUCGGGGCAAACCUGCGAUCACGUGACAGGACAAUGUGUGUGCCCGCCAGGCUACGAUGGGCCUCGCUGCCAAAACCGGUGUGAGGUCGGCAAAUUUGGCUCCAAAUGUGAAAGGUCAUGUGACUGUUCAGGUGACUCAUGUGACCCGUCCACCGGACGUUGCCUCUGUUCCCCGGGCAGGACGGGGCUGAGGUGCGAAAAAGAGUGCAGCGGGGACCGAUUCGGACCAGAUUGCUCCCUGUCUUGCCAGUGCCCCCACGGGGCCCGCUGUGAUGGGGUGACUGGACGCUGCGGUUGCCCACCCACCUGGCUUGGCCCCACCUGUGCAUUGCUUGACCGAACACAAGGACGGCGCAACUUUUCCGUGUCCCAGAGAAAAAGAAGCGCGGGCAGCUAAAGUGUGUAAGUGCCAGCGUUACCACACGGAAGGCUCACACGGGUCAAACGUGAUGUCAAAUCAUGUGACUCAUCUGUCCGAAAGCGACACUCGAGACGAUCCGCCCAUAAACCUGACCAAGUGAGAAUUAUCACAAAUUGUAACCUUUAAAAGGACUCUGGUGUUUGAGAAAUGUCGUCAUGAAGGCCAGUCGCUUACUGUCUGCACAAUCGAAGUACAAAGUAAAUGAAUGAAUACAUUUUGAAAUCCAUUUGUCCAGAUGUCAGGCCUCCCCUAGCUCAAUUGUGUGCAUGAUGUAUUUAUUUCAGCACGUUUGCCACUGAGAAAAGAAUAGCGAACAUCCGCAGCAGAUAUGGAAACAUUUAAAAAUCAGAAUAAAGAUUAGAUUGAAUUACCAAUCU